GCCAGCAUCUUUUGCACUGAACUACUUCCCGUGAGGGCUGUAUACCUACCUUCUCAACCGGCAUCUGCUAUUUUCCAGAUAACGAAUUCUAAAUGGAACAACGCGCCACUUCGGGUCCGUUUUCCUCGGCGUUGUACUCUACUCUCCCAAUUCCGGUAUCCCUUGACGCAAAGGAAUUCAUCUCACCUCCUCUCACAAACGAAUUCACUUCACCUCCUCUCACAGAGAAAUCCAUUCCACUCUCUCUCCCAAACGAGUUCAUUUCACCUUCUCUAACAAACGACUUCAUUUCACCUUCUCUCACAAACGACUCCGUUUCAUCUUUUCUCGCAAACGACUUCACUUCACCCUCUCUCUUUUUACCCAACCUGUCACCGGUACAGUUCACAUCUGACGACCUUGAACUCGACCUACACUAUAAUGAAGUGCCAUAUAAAUCAGAAAAAACGGAUAAAAUACCGUCGCUACGCCCACCAAACGAUUAUAAUGUGAACUUCGUCCGCCGACUAUAUGAUAUGGUCACUGAUUCACGGUUCCAGCACCUGAUAUCAUGGAGCCUUGAUGGAUCAUCGUUUCUCGUAAAGAACACACCGACGUUUGCCCAAAUGGUUUUACCAGCAUACUUCAGGAACACAAGGCUCAAUGAUUUCAGGCGACAACUUUAUAAGUAAGGAAACUAUGGUACGGGUUCCAUGUUGAGACGCAAAGAUCCGCUUGGGGCCUAAAGCGUCAGGGGUCACUAAAACGCCCUACCUGGAAAUGUUCACAUCC